CGCAAUGCACACAUACUCCGUUGAGCAGUGGCGGGCUGCGUCGUGAUAAUGUUUUGUUUACAUCGAGUGCACGACGAGAACCACGAUUACGAGGACGGCAUCCAGGAUGCUCGACGAAAAUACGAAUGAAGGAUCGACGCGCAACGGCAGAUAUAGAGAAUCUCUGAAUGUAUCUAAACAUAUAUCACAAGGAGAGAAGUUUCUGGAUGUAGAGCGAUAUUACUUCUACUCUCAAAAUAUAAAUGAGCGAGAUAAUAAAAAUAAUCCAGAUCUUCAGUAUGGUGUGAGUUGUCAUGACUCUUCUAUUCUUCCCAACAAUGGACUACACGUAUUUGAUGUUGCGCCACAAUGGGCGCUUUCAAACAAUUUGCAGUGGGUUGAUGUGCAAGCAUUGGUAGCACAUAAUACUGUCCAAGACACAUAUUAUUUACAUCACAAAGAGAAAGAGAUCACGGAAGCUAGUAAUCUAAAUUCAAUACAUUCAACAAAGUUAUCGCAAACGGCAGGACAUAAUGAUAGGAUAGCGAAUUUUAAUGCACUAGCUAGUACGAUUAAUGAAUCGCUAUCCAAACAAACAAGAAAACUGCAACAGGAACAAAAAGAUAGGCUGGAUAAUUGCGGGAAGGAUUUUGAUGCGGAGAUAGAACUUGAGUUAUUAAAUAUCAGUAAAAUAACGAAAUCCACAUGUUCAUUCGAAAAAAAUCAAACCAAAAUUUUGCCUGAAUCGCGGAAAGAAAUUUGUCAUCAUAAAGAUAUUUUUAGUUGUGUGUCAAAGCAUUCAAUUAACGCGCAAAAUAUUGUUGAACUGAAAAUCAUAUCUGACAAUAUCGGAAAGAGUAAAGAAAAGGAAGUUUGCGACUCUAAUAACACCACAUCUGUAAUCGAUAAUGAGCCACUUGAUUUAGUAAUAAAUUCGAAAGAAAGUACACAACGUAGCCAUAUUUAUAGUGAGACGAAAGAUCGAAUCUGUAAUUAUCCAUACUCAUCAGUUGGCGAUAAAGAAAUACCUCUGGUGGAUGGUGCCAUUUUAAGACAGAUAGAUCAUUCCCCUAAUAUACAGAGUUAUAACGCAGAGUACAAGAGUCUAGAUUAUGGUUUAUUGAAACUUUCCGAUUUAGACGAGUUGUCAUGUAAUUCAGGCAAAGGUAAAGAAUUGUUGAAAACCAUCACCAAAUUACAUACCAACGACAAAAGUGAAAUAAACGGAAGAGCUGUAACAAAUAACGAUUUGAAACAAGAAAGGGCACAUAUUUUGGACAAGUACGUCACGCAUGUGUUACCAUCGCGCUUAAAUAGCGACAGUAAAACAUCGUCUUGGACACAUUUGCAGUCGAAUGCCAAAUGUAACAAUAUCAAGAAAGAGUGCUGCACCGAGGAAGAGGCACACAAGUCAGAAAAUCCCGAUCUGGUGCAACUGACCGCCUGCAUCCCAAAAUUAAGCAAUUGGGCGUGUUUCGAAAUGUCAGGACAGUAUCCAGGUCAUAGCCGACCACCGGUUGGCACACCUCCACCGCAAACUGUCUGGAACCACCUCACUAUGACUCAGGGACAAGCUCUCAAUAUUCAUCCAACAGCGUUGUCUGGUGCCGCGCUGAGUUCAGCCGGAUUUUACACACAUCCAUCUAUGGCGCGAGCGUCCCACCUACCGUCUCAACUUACUCCUCAACUCGCUCAUACACAAGCACCGCCGACGUGGCACACGCCCACGGUCCCCUCGAAAAGCGUUACGCCGUCUAAUACACCGGGCAAUCCCCUGUUCAACUUACAAAUGCUGGUGGAUAAUCGUCAAAAUCAAAAUCAAUACAGAAACUCACCUGGUUCGCAGAGUACGUUAGAUCUCUCGUCCACGUCGGAUAUUGCGGAGAAUUAUUCUCGAUUACCUCAGGAUAUUCCCAUCAGUUUGACUGCAAGAAACGUGGAUAAGGGCAAUCGAAACGGCAACAUAAUCUCACCGCCGAUACCGCUGAACGGGGAGACUUCGUCGGACAGCGGAAUCAGCUCGUCCGUACCGACGCCGAACUCUGUCAGCGAACCGGUCUCGCUAUCAACGAAGGAAGUCACCACUCCUAAAAUAACGGUGAAAAACUUUGAGAGCAAUUUAAAAGGAGUCGCGAAUCUUCACGAUAAGAUUAAGGAAAUGAAUGUAGAUAAUUUUACGCAGAAAGUGAUAAAUUUGCCGCCUAGUGUGACGAUAGAGAGAGUGAUCGCGGACAAGAAGGAGCUCGAAACUCCUGUGAAACCUAAGGACACGCUGAGUGUUAUCGCGCAAGUGCCAAGGAAUGUUACCUUACCUGUUAUAGUCAAUCUCACGUCCAAGAUGGAGAAGGAUGUCACGGAUAGUCCUAAUAGAGAGUCCUCCUCCGAGAGAGACAAGAAGCAUGACGAGACGAGCGUGAGAUCGCCUAAAAACUUGCCGAAGAGAGGAAAGAAGGGUGUCGAUUCUCUAUUAGAGAAAUUGGAGGGUGGAAAUAAGAAGCUCGGGAGUACUGAGAAUAUCGGUUCGGUGAUUGUUAUGCCAGUAGAGGAAAAGGACACGUCUAGUGUUAAAAGUAUGUCGCCGGAGAGACAAAAGUCUAAAUCACCAACUCGCGAGGACGAAGUCGUAUCGCCGGCCUUCAGCAAUGACGAUUCGAACGACAAUACCAAGCAGCGAAGAAAAAGAAAACUUGAAAAGCCCGUGAGACUGAGCAAGGACUCGAAAACAGAAGUUGAAGAUAUGGAACUCGAGCCCACAGAACCCACGGAAUCGAGAAUUAUCGACCCGGUGUUGGAAGAGACGGCUAGUUCCGCACCAACGACUGACGUUAAAAACGACGAGCAAAUUGCUAGAGCAGCGGAAGAGAGAAUAUCGGACAAGACAAUACCGGACGAGAAUGUGGAAGAAAUAUCGGAGGAGAAUCAACCAGUUCGAAGGCGAAGAAGUAGCGAGGAUGCCAUGAUUAAUAACUUGACGAAUCCGGCGAAUCAGAGGAUACGAAGGAAAUCCAGCGAUGACGCGUCAUCUGAAUUGUCCAAGGUGACGAGUCCGAAAAACGUAAACAACACAACGACAUCGACGACGACAACGAACGCCUUCGUCGAGGUCGAGUCAGAAUUGGCAAAGAUGUUUGCCGGGAUUGUGGAAGCAGAUUCAGAUGUCAAAAAUGAAGAAUCAAAAACGGAACUUGUAACGGCGGAGAUUCAGGGCGACAGCGACGCUGCAAAACUCGAAAGUCUCGAAAAUAGUAUUCUGUCGAUGACGACGGAUUCUCAGAACGCUCAGAAUACUCCCAUCGACGUUUCCUCUACUGUGGAUACAAAGUCGUCGGGCAAGAAGGGUAAGAAGGGCAAGACGCAAGGCAAGAGGAAAAUAUCCAGAUCAUCGGAGAAUAUCUUCGGCACGACGAGUGAUAUUCUGCCCAAGGAGACGAAGAAGAGGCGAACAUCCAAAGGUUCGAAGAAACAAGACCAAGCGAAGAAGGCGAAGAAAAACACCAAGGUCGACGGCCUCAGGGAGAUGGCGUAUGAUUCCGGUUCGAACGCGAGUUCGAUCAGAUCGCGGGGUCCGGUGGUCCACGUAGAGGGUCCUAGAGACAGUCCGUUGAGUAUCCAAGUGGUCAAUGCACCGCGUGAGGAGGAGGAAGAGAAGACCAAGGAGAAGCGGAAAAGUGUCGGCAACGGAAACGGAGGCCGAAGUAAGAGGCUCAGUCAUCAGAACGAUUUAGAUUAUAGAGGUAAAGUUAGUAAAGCAGGUCUCUUCAGUUCAACCUUGUCGUCACGAUACGAUGCACACACUACGGAUUCUACCUGGGUCUGUGUAUUCUGCAAGCAAGGUCCUCAUUCUGUUAUACCCGGAGAUCCGUCCAGGCCUCAUCCGAAUCUGGCCGGACCGCACAUAGCGACUGGAACAUACACAGUUCCUGCUGGCGUAUUAAGCGACUUAUUUGGGCCAUACUUGAUCGGUAAGGAACGGUUGGAGGAUGGUAUUUUAUCAGCCGACGAACAAGAGAUUACAACGGAACAAAAGAAAGGCGGGAAGAAUAAGAGGAGCUUGAGGUACGCGGGUUUGGCGGACCAGUUCUCCGCGAAGAUGGGCAAAAAGAAACGGAACUCUGUCGAAACAAACAUCUUCACCGGUAUGACUCUGCAUCCCGGCGGAGAAGAGCAACGAUGGGAAGUAUGGCUUCACGAGCAAUGCGCGGUAUGGGCAGCUGGAGUUUACAUGGCGGGUGGUAGAGUAACAGGACUGCAAGAAGCUGUGUGGGAUGCCGCCAAGUCAAUUUGCAACUCCUGCGGUUUGACGGGGGCGAACAUUGGUUGCGUGAAACGAGGUUGCAAGGCUGUUACGCAUUAUCCAUGCGCAUUGACGAAAGGCUGGCAUCUCGAUACAAAUCAGUACAUACCUAAGUGUAAUCUUCAUCGAGUUACGUGAAACUCCGGUGAGUCUGUGAACAUAGGCUAAUGUGAAAAAUAGAUAUUAUUCACAUUAUAUCACACUGAAAACCGGCUUUAAUUAGAUGCACCGAAUAAAGGGCAAUAAUGUAAGAGACUAAGUAUAUAAAUCCGUUUAUGACUGAAGAUAGCCUUACUAGUUAGUAAGGUAUGUUCUAGUUAACAAAGCGCAGGAGCAAAACAUCUUCAUACGCGACACAAUCACUUGAGAUAUGUAAUAAAAUUACAUUGUUGAUUGAAAUAUAAUAACAUGCGCGAGAAAGAACGAUAUAAUUGAUGUAACUAUAAAUAGAUAAAAUCUAACAGAUGGUUGAUUCACACAAUAUUCUCUCUAUCUUCUCUAAUAAAUAUAAAUUGAUCUUGUUUAAUGAAAAUCAAUGUGAGAUGUUUUGAGAUUACGCUUUGUAUCAUUCGACGUGUAAAUGUGAAUCUGGAAUGUAAAAGUAUAAGUGUGAAAGCAGUUAUACUAAUUUCCAGACAUCAAGUAGGAAUCAAUAUGCUCGAGAAAAAUACUUUCCAAUGUACAAGAUGUUUAAACAAGAACACUAUUAACUAUAUUACUAUUUCUGAGAAUUAAAAAAGAAAAAAUGAAUGACGAACGAAAGUGAAGAAAUAGAAACUCUUCUCAACGGUUGAAUUUAAUUAAUUUUCUUGGCCUGUGGCCUUGAACAGUGGCCUUUUCGACUUAAUAUAAAAAAGCAAGAUUUUUUAAAUUUUGAAUCUGUAGAAUAGACGGAUCGCUGUCGAGGAAUAAUGAUAAUCAAAAAGGAAAGCGUUUGCUUUUUUACUCACAUUUACGAAAAAAAAACAUAAAUUUUCUUAUUAACAUCAUGUACGCAGGAAUACACAAAUAGGGCAUAUUGUACUGAAUAUUAUCGAAUUCAAAAUCUGUAAAAUGUGGCAGCCAUCAAAAUUGGACACGCUUAAACACAGUAAAAUGAGUAAGUCCAAGUAACAUAAGUGAAAAUUGAAUAUUCUCUGUCUUUUUUUCACGACGAUCGAAUAUGUAAGGCAAGUGUUCUCUAGUGGAUGUAAAAAAGAACUUUGUGUAUAUACAAAAAUAAAGAAAUUAUAUUCAUUAUUGAA